UGGACGGUUGCUCACGGCGUUUGUUCGGCCAAGGGCGGAUUCCCAGGACUGAUCUGCAGUCAAGAUCACCCGCUGUCCUACCUGCACUCCUGCCUGUUGUCCCUGACCACAGUCACCAUGCCUCGGGGUCAGAAGAGUGAGCUCCGCGCCCGUGAGAAACGCCGCCAGGCCCGAAGUGGGACCCAGGGUCUGACGCGUGCUCAGGCCGCUGCAGCCGAGGAGGAAGCCGCCUCGUCUUCAUCUCCUCCUCCUCUUGGAGUUACUACUCAGAGAAAGCCGGGUGCUAAGUCACGUAGCACUCUCAAGAGUCGUCAGAGGGCCCUAGGCACCACCACUAAGCCUGCAGGUGUUUCUCCCACAAGAUCAUACAAAGGAGCCAAAGGCAAAAUUGAGAAAAAGCACAGUUCCUCUCAGGCCCCCGUCUCCGCUGUGCGGUCUCGAAAAGGCCCUCUAAGGAAGACAGCGAGUGUGUUGGUGCAGUUCCUGAUGCACAUGUAUAAAAAGAAAAAGCCUGUUAUGAAAGCACAUAUGCUGAAGAUUAUCGCUAAGAAGUACCAAAAUCGAUACCUUGAGAUCCUCAGAAGAGCUUCCUUCAGCAUGGAGGUGGUAUUUGGUGUUGACUUAAAGGAAGUCGACCCUACCAAGCAUUCUUACACCUUUGUCAGCAAAAUGGCUCUCCCCAGCAAUGGGACCAUGAGCUGUGGCAGGGGAUUCCCCAAGACCGGUCUCCUGAUGCAUCUCCUGGGUGUGAUCCUCAUGAAGGGCAACUGCGCCACAGAGGAGAAUGUCUGGGAAUUCCUGAAUAAGAUGAGAGUCUAUGCUGGGAAGAGGCACUUCAUAUUUGGGGAGCCCAAGAAGCUCAUCACCCAAGAUUUGGUGAAGCUGAAGUAUUUGGAAUACCGGCAAGUGGCCAACAGUGAUCCAGCGCGCUACGAGUUCCUGUGGGGCCCGAGAGCCCACGCCGAAACCAGCAAGAUGAAAGUCCUGGAGUUCCUGGCCAAGAUCAAUCACACCGUCCCCAGUGCCUUCCAGUCUUGGUAUGAAGAGGCUUUGAAAGAUGAGGAAGAGAGAGCCCAAGCCAGUGGAUGUUCCAGUGUUCUGUCCGGCUCCUCCCACACAGAAUCUGGGGCAGAUUCUGCACUUUGUGGCUGAGGAGAGCAGUCAGUGUUCCAAGUAGUG